UGUCCCUGUACGUGUCAUGGCGGCCGCCGGAAGCCGGAAGUUGUCCGGCCCUGAAUGCGCUCCCCCCGCCCCUCGUCUCCGCGGGCGGGUGGCGGAACGCGCGGCGGGAUGCUGGCGCGGGGCCGCCGGCUGCUGCAGCCCCUUUUUGGGGGCCGCCUGCUGCUGCUGACCAACACGGCGAGCUCUGGGGCGCUGCUGGCCGCCGGCGACACCCUGCAGCAGGCAUGGCACCUCCGCCACCACCCCGAGGACCAGCGCCAGGCGGCACGCACAGGGCGCAUGUUCGCCGUGGGCUGCAGCUUGGGGCCGCUGAUGCAUUUUUGGUACCUGUGGCUGGACGCCGCCUUCCCGGCGCGGGGCGUGCGGGGGCUGAGGACGGUGCUGAAAAAAGUCCUCAUCGACCAGCUGGUGGCAUCGCCCGCCCUGGGAGCCUGGUACUUCCUAGGCAUGGGCACGCUGGAGGGUCAGAGCCUGGAGGCGAGCUGGGAGGAGCUCAAGGAGAAAUUUUGGGAGUUCUAUAAGGCUGACUGGUGCGUGUGGCCGGCGGCGCAGCUCCUCAAUUUCCUCUACGUGCCCCCCAAAUUUCGGGUGGUUUACGUCAACGUGGUGACGCUGGGCUGGGACACCUACCUCUCCUACCUCAAGCACAGGCCCAAACCAGCGCCGAGCGCGGAGCAGGACGGGAAGCAGCGCGGUGCUGGGAUGUAGCAGUGAUGGAGAAGCCGCUCCCGAAACCUGUGAUGUCUUUUCAGCAGCUCCUGCCCCUGCUGCUGGGGGGGGGCGCUGGGGGCUGGCAGGACCCCCGCCAGGUGGGGCAGGGUCCGGCCCCGUGGUGGGCACAGCCAGGGGCUGCUGCAGAUCCCGCUGAUUAAUUAAUUUACUGUCGGUAAUUAGGGGGCUGUGAUUUAACAAACAGGGUAGGGGCGCAGCACUCAGCACUCCAGGGACAGGCACAGCGGCUCCUGCCCCUUGUCCCCUCCCCAGGAGCCCCAGCAGAGCCCCCCAGGCUCUGAUACGAAAUUUGGUCUGAUUUUGGCCAUAUUUGACAGAAGCAGAGCAAAAACUGAGGUUUUUGGGGCUGAUUCCCACUGCCAGGGGCAUCCUGCAACCCAAUCAGCCUUGGUGCCACAGCAAAAAAUCCUGCACUUGCCCCUGGUGGCUCCCCAGGCACAAUCCGUGCCCCCCCCUCACCUAGGAUCCCAUUUAUUUUCUUACUCUAGUGCCUAAAUCUCCCCUUUUCUACCCAAAAGGUGCCUUCCUUGCAGCUCCAGCCUCAUCAUGCACUGCGGGGGGGGGCUAUUUGGAGAAUGCUAAUUGUCAAAACCAAUUAAUUUCCCCCCUCUCAGCUUGAAAUCGCCCCCUCCACCCCCCAAGGACGAGGGGCAGGCGCUGAUCAGCAUCGCUUUUAUUUCUUCACACCAUUUCUUUUAAUACAGUGAUUUUUAGGAAAUUGUA